AUGAUAAUUUGUACUUGGAACAUAAGGGGGCUGAACAAGCCCCAUAAGCAGAAGGAACUGAGAAUCUUUCUGCAAAAGAAUAAGAUUGAUAUCCUUGGAUGUCUAGAAACUAGAGUAAAAGAAAAAAACGGCAAAAAAAUAUUACUGUAUAAGGUAGCAAAGGACUGGGGUUACUGCUAUAACUACACUGAAGCUGAGAAUGGAAGAAUAUGGCUAGUUUGGAGAACAAAUUUAACAGUAAACAUAAUCCAAGUUCAUGAACAAUUCAUCCACUGCCUAGUGAUGGACACUGUGACUGGAUAUAGGAUUUUGCUUACUGUAGUGUAUGCCAGGAACAAACAGCAUGAGAGGGAUAGACUAUGGAAUGAUGUACAGCAGUUAGGGGGACAAGUACAAAUGCCUUGGCUCAUAAGUGGUGACUUCAACAAUGUCCUAACCACUGAUGAUAGGUUAGGGCAACCAGUCACAAUGAAUGAAGUACAGGAAUUUAAGGAGUGUAUGGACAAUAUGCAAAUGACCCCACUGAGAGCAAAGGGUUGUUUCUUUACUUGGUGUAACAAGCAAAGUACAGAUGAUAGAGUGUACAGUAAGAUAGAUUGGGCAUUUGGGAAUUUUGAAUGGACUAAAGUGUAUGGGCAUGUGGAAGUUGAUUGUUUGGAGCCUGGGGUAUCUGAUCACUCACCUUUAGUGAUCCAAAUAUGGGAAAGAAGGAGUUUGCACCCCAAACCAUUCAAACUGUAUAUGGUAACUAUGGAGCAUAAGGAUUUUAAACCUGCUGUAGAAAGGAUUUGGAAGCAGAAGAUGGGGAAUGAUCCUAUGGCUGGUAUAUGGCUGAAGUUACAAAAACUGAAAGGAGAGACUAGAAGCUUGAACAAGGAGAUGGCAAGAUAUACUCAGAGAUUGACCCAAAUCAGACAGAAGCUGGAAUGUACACAGGCAAACCUGAUAUUGGAUCCCUUUAAUCGGGUUUGGAUAGAUCAGGAAAAGCAAACUCUCCAGGAUCUAGAAAAGUGGAGUACUAUAGAGGAAAGAAUCCUAUGA